CGCUAGACAUAGAUCUGGUGCAAGUCCAGCAUAUCACAACCUCUGGGCUGCAAGUUCACGCCCGCACACGUCCGCACACGGCUUUUCCUCCCCGCGGUACCACACUGUUCCGCCUUAAUACUUCGCAAGGGGAGCACAGCUGAAACAAAUGGCCGCGUCGGUGGCCAAGACACUGGCGCGCAUCAAGGGCACAGUGGCGGAGGGCGCCUACUAUGAAGCGCAGCAGAUGUACAAGACGGCCUUCCACCGUAGCAAGGCGCGCAAUCAGCUAGCUGAUGCGCUGCAGAUCCUGCAGGAGGGCGCCAUCACGCAGCUGGCGCACGGCCAGGUCACGUGCGGCGUGGAGCUGGGUAUGCUGCUGAUCGAGGCCUACACCACGGCGGGCACGCCCGCUGACGAGGCCUCCGUGGGGCGACUGCUGGCGAUCGUGCUGGCCUUCCCGCCGCUGCCCGCAGUGGGGUCUGGGCCAGGAGCCGCCACGUCUGCGCCCUCCACCUCAGCGCCCUCCUCCUCCUCGGCCGGGCAGGGCAGCUCAUCGCCUGUGGUGGACGAGUGCGCACGCUUCGUGGCGUCAGCGGUCAAGUGGGCCAACAAGGGCGGCGCGAUCGUGUCGGCUCGCGGCAUCCACAGCGCCUUCGCCGCCUACCUGUGGCGCAACUUCGGCACGGAGGGCUUCGGGAGAGCGCUGCUGCACUUCAUUCGGGGCGAUGACGCUGACACAUUCGCACAAGCGCUGCACACGUGCGCUCGGCAAGGGCCUGCUGAGGAGGUGGACCUGUGGCUGCUGCGGGCGCUGCUGCAGGUCCUCACCGCCGCCAACACGCACACGCGCAUGGGGCAGCUGGCUCACGCCCGGGCCCUGUACGACGCCUUCACGGCGGCGCAGAGCACCCCCCUGGACACGCCCACAGCCCACUUCGCCGAGCUGCUGCUGCUGGCUGUGGAGCACGUACCGGUUUCGCCGCACGCGCACAAGAUGCUACAGUGUGCCAAGCAGCGCUACGGCGACGGCGUGCUGCGGCGGGACGGGCAGCUGGCAGGGCAGGUGGAGCGCGUGGAGGCCAGCUACUUCGGCGUGCGGCGGCGGGGUGCGGGCGGCGGCCCGCUGGGGGGGCUGCUGGGAGACCUGUUCAAGUCGCUGACAGAAGCACACUGAUCAGGAGAGGGGAGGCCGUGAAGGAGAAGAGGAGGAGAGGAGGAGGGGGAGAACGAUGCUCGGGGAAUUGUGCAGUGGCUUGUCCUGUCGGAUCCACGCCUGGAUUUCGCGCGUGCCUUGCUAUUGUAACUUGUAAGUCGU